AGCAUGAAGUCAGUGGUCGCUAUCCUCUUGGUGGCGAUGCUCAUCCUCGGCACUGAGCUGCCAACAGGCAGUGCCUGGUCCUGCCCGCCCGUCCGCAUCACCUGUGCCAUGCUCAACCCUCCCAACAAGUGCCUGACGGACCGGGGGUGCCCGCGGUACAAGAAGUGCUGCCAGACCUUCUGUGGCAGGAGAUGCAUCUCGCGCCCAUCGCCCUUCUCCUACGCGUGAGCUGCUGUUCCCAGAACAGACCAAGAGCCUUCUCGCCCUGCCCGUGCCACCCUGGCACCAGCCAGCUGCCCAUGCCUCUGCUAAGGCUUGUCCUGCCUGAUGCCAGCACCUGGAAGGAUGGGAACAGCCAGCAGCCCAUGCUCAGGGGCCAGCUCAUGCUGCAGGACCACUCCCUGACAGCUGCCAUGCCGUGAUGUGUGACCCCUGCCCACCC